AUGCAGCAAGCAGCGGCUGCUGACUCCAAAAGCCCGAAAAUCGGAGAAUGCUACGAUUCGGACUCAAAAGAACCAAAGUUGUUCCGUAUUGCGAUUUCCGGGAAGUUUUUCCCGGACCUGAAUGACAGAAAAUUUCGACCAUCGAACCUAGACAAAAAAUAUUUCCAUUUGAUCGGCAAAGGGAGCCAGGCAAAAGUGAUCGCCGCGAUCAAAGAAGACCCAGAUAGAACACAAACCCCGGUCGCUUGUAAAAGAUACGACUUUCCGAGUGAUGGGCGCAGCGACGGUGAAUUCAAGCACAUCCUGAGGGAAUUGCAAAUAGCUCAAUUCCUGCAGCACAAACAUGCAAGUCUCAAGCAGAAAAUU